CCUGGGCCUAACAAAAAUACUGCCGAGACAGACCACAGUCUAUUCUUUCGAAGGAAGAAAAAACGAAGAAGGACAAAGUUAACUCCAGUUAAACAAUGGGGAUUGACGUGGAGGCUGUCGAGAGCGCAUUUGAGUGGGAAACCUUUGAAAAUGGCAAGCCGUACCUUGGAACUUAUAAGCAGGAAAUUCCCAAUCGAGUGAGGAUGAUGACAAUGAAGCUUGAUUUAAAAGACUGGAUUAAAAUUGAUAAAACGUACGCAUCGCAACAGCACGAGAAAGAACGACUUAUAAAGACAAACAGGAACGACGUGUUUGUGUGUGACGGACCUCUUCCCAUGGAUCAUUCUAGUUUAGCCAAGAUGGUAGUUUAUAGAUUGUUCUAGAACUUUCUAUGAACCUUUAGUUAUAUGCUUUCUAGAAUAUUCUUCAUGUGGUUAAGUGUUUUCCAGAUCCUUCUAGACUUAGAGAAAUGCUGAGUAAUGUUACACUAUAGAGAUUUCUAGAAUGAUGUAAUAUCUAUAUUUAGUAACAGUGUAAUGGGAUAUUUAGUAACCCUAUGUGUAUAUAAGAGGCAGUCCAGCAACAGUCAGGAGAGAGUCCAGCUCAGAGUUAGUAAUUGUAAAAGACCUAGCUUCAGAGGACCAAGAAGAUUAAAGAAGUUUUCAGUUCUUACUGUCUGGCAAUUUGAUUAAGUGUCAGUUCGUGACAUAUUUGGUGGCAGCGGUUAAGGAGUCAAUUUGUCGAAAGUAUUCCCAAGAAGAAUUCACGAGUAGACAAGACCCACAGCGACAAUGACAGAAGAAAUAUCAAAAACCAGAUCAGGUAAAGAAUUUAAAGGAGACAAUGGUCAAGAAGAUCUAGAAGAAUUUUAUCCUAAAGGAAAAGAUGAAGACGAUUCAGAUGAAUUACAAAAACCAAGGUCUGACGAGUCUCAAACAACCGAUAUUAUAAAGCUCAUGCAGUUUAUGGUACUACAAGAACAGAAACGAGAACAGGAAAGAAGGGAAGAAAAAGAAAGACGAGAACAGGAGAGAAGGGAAGAAAAAGAAAGAUAUGAACAGGAAAGAAGGGAAGAAAAAGAAAGAUACGAACAAGAGAAGAGAAGAUACGAACAGGAGAAACGGGAAGAAAGAGAAAGGUAUGAAAGGGACAGAAGGCUAGAGAUGGAAAGGCAAGAAAGACUGGAGAAAGAACGGGAAAGAGAACGACAAGAAAUGAAGAAACAGUUAGACCAAGUGCAGCGACAAAGGAAAGAGGAAUUACACCAACUUGAGAGUAUGAUGAAGCUAAGAGAAGUAAAUAUGACGAAGUUAAACCCAACAGAUGACAUUGAAAACUAUCUCACAACGUUUGAGCGAACAGCCAAAACGUUUGAUUGGCCAAAGGAGAAAUGGGUGGUGAAGUUGGUACCCUACCUAACCGGUAAAGCCCAAGCUGCUUAUGCUGCCAUGUCAAUCACCGAGAGUAAUGAUUACGACAAAGUUAAAGAAGCCAUAUUGAAGCGAUAUGACAUAACAGAGGAGACGUACAGGCAAAGAUUCAGGUCAACAAAGAAAUUUAGAGAUGAAAGCUAUAAAGAAAUGUAUGUACGACUGAAAGACUUGUUCAGAAAAUGGACCAAACCAGAUGGGAAGACAGUAGAUGAGAUUACAGAGACCGUGAUCAUGGAACAACUGGUAGACACAAUGCCCCCAGGAGUACAGAUAUGGGUACGAGAACACCGUCCAAGCACAGGAGUAGCUGCAGCAGAGUUGGCGGACGACUACUUUGAUGCACGUAAAGGGAUUCAAAACGAACCACCGAAAAGACCACAUACAACCCAAGAAAGGUUACCGACAAGUCCUAAGGACAACGAGAAAGAAGGGACACCGGCUAAUCAAGCUGAGAAGGUUAACAGUCCACAACCCUGGAGAAGUAAUGACAAACCCAAAAUAAGAUGCAGAAAUUGCAACAAAGAGGGUCAUAUAGAGAAAUUUUGUCGCAAGAGGACAAGUUAUCUCUCCAGACGAAGCAAUAAAUGCCCAUAUACAGAUUUUGUUAUACCUGGACGAAUCGACGGACAAAACGUUGAGAUGGUUCUUGAUUCAGGGUGUGACAUGACACUAGUUCACUGGGACCUGGUUGACCCAAAGAAGAUAAAUCAUCAAGAGCGGACACACAUCAGAUGCAUUCAUGACCACCAUUCGGAUUACCCCACGGCUAAUGUGUUAAUAGAGAUCAAUGGCGAGCCAUCUGAAGUAGUGGUAGGAGUCAGCAAGGAUCUGCCGAGACAUGCUUUGCUGGGUAAAGACUUCCCACAGUUCUACGACCUCCUAAGCAAAGUACGACCAGAGGUAGAAGAUGGCCUAGUAGUAACGAGAGCACAAGCAAGGCGUGACAAGAGACAAAGGGAGGAAGAAACAAAAGAAGAGAAGAGAUGCAAAGUACAACCGAGAAAUUUAGACGACAUCGUACUGCCUGACAUUUCCAAAGAAUUCGGUCAAAUGGACAUAGGAAGUUUCAUGGAUGGACCAAACAAAGUAAAGACGAAGAAAUCAAGAAAUCAGAAAAGACAGCAGAGAAAACAAUACUCACAAAUGAAAACUGAGUCAUUGGAUAAGUCGGAGUCACCUGAUGUGGAUCCUAAAACCAUUAAAGACCUACAAAUGGCAGAUUCCACUUUGAAUAGCCUGCGAAUACAAGCAGCCAAACAGAGCAAGGACGACGAGAUACAGAUUAUAUACAAAGAAGGCAUCAUGUAUAGACYAGUGUCAAGUAAAGAACUCCCAGAGCCAAUAGAGCAGUUAAUUCUUCCAAGACAGUGUCGGCAAAACGUGUUAAAAAUUGCACAUGACAUACCAUUGGCUGGACAUAUGGGCAUAAAGAAGACUCUGGCGCGAAUAAGACAACGAUUUUUCUGGCCAAACAUGACAAAAGAUGUAAAAACCUAUUGCAAGAGCUGUGAAGCGUGUCAGAAAACAUCCAAGCAUGGAACAAAGUUCAGAGCACCAAUGCAGUCAAUGCCAGUGAUAGACGAGCCAUUCACCAGGAUCGCUAUGGAUAUAGUUGGCCCAUUGGACCGAAGCAAAGCUGGAAACAAGUACAUUUUAGUAAUCUGUGACUACGCCACUAGAUAUCCGGAAGCGAUACCACUAAGAAGUAUAGAAGCAAAGAAGAUUGCAGAUGAGCUUAUUAAGCUWUUCUCUAAAGUUGGCAUACCACAAGAAAUACUAACUGACCAAGGUUCUAACUUUACAUCCAAGCUGUUGAAAGAAAUUUACAGGCUACUUCAAAUCAAAGGUAUAACAACAGCCCCAUAUCACCCUCAGACAGACGGUAUGGUGGAACGACUAAAUGGGACCCUUAAAGCUAUGAUAAGGAAGUUUGUAGCCAGUGAKCCACUAAAUUGGGACCAGCUGAUACCGUAUCUGCUAUUCGCAUACCGAGAAGUUCCACAAGAAUCGACUGGAUUUUCCCCAUUCGAGCUACUUUAUGGAAGAAAAGUUAGAGGACCCUUAGAUGUUAUGAAAGAGACAUGGACAGGAACAGUGUCUGGACCUAAAAGUGUUGUAACUCAUAUUGUUACCAUGAGAGAAAGAUUAUCAUCUAUGACAGAUCUAAUGAGAGAAAACAUGAAAGAAGCGCAGCAGCGACAAAAGAAAUGGUAUGACACAAAGUCCAGAGUUAGAGAGUUCACCCCUGGCCAAGAAGUGCUACUAUUGUUACCAAGUAGUUCUAAUGCUCUCCAGGCCAAGUGGCAAGGUCCAUUUAAG